UCCAUUCCAUCAUUACCAUAAGCCACUUCCUCUACACUUCAAGGAGAACCAAAUUAAUCCAGAAAAGCAGAGCCAUACAGAGUAUAUUUCAUUUCAUAUCAGAAAAAAAAGAGAGAGAGAUGGCUGACAAGAACCAACAAGUUUAUCCUUUGGCUCCGGCAAAUGGUUACAGAAGAAGCGAUGGAGAGUCUUUGUCCGAAGACGAGCUCAAGCGCAAGAAGAGAAUCAAGUGCUUUGCUUAUAUUGGUAUUUUCAUUGUGUUCCAGAUCGCAGUCAUGACUGUGUUUGGUCUCACCGUGAUGAAAGUUAAGACCCCCAAGGUUAGACUCGGCACAAGCACCCUCACGGGCUUCACCUCAUCCAGUGCAGCACCUUCGUUCAGCACAACCUUCAACACCCAAAUUAGGGUCAAGAACACCAACUGGGGUCCCUACAAGUUCGACGAAGGCGUCGUGACAUUCAUGUACCAAGGUACAUCUGUCGGGACAUUCACUGUACCCAAGGGCAAGGCCGGGAUGAGAGGAACAAAGAAGGUGAACGCCGUUGUGAGCUUGAACACCGAUGCAUUGACGACCAGCUCCACCCUCGGCACUGAAUUGAACGGUGGGGUGUUGACACUGACCAGCCAGGCCAAAUUGACCGGAAAGGUUGAGUUGAUGCUGAUCAUGAAGAAGAAGAAGUCUGCGAGUAUGAGCUGCACCAUACAAAUUAAUGUGUCAGAACAGACAGUCAGGAGUUUACAAUGCAAGUGAAACAGUCUUAGAUUGAUAUCACUGCCCUAGCUUGUUUUAUACUUAUACGAUUUUUUUUUCUUUUGCUGUUCUUUGUUUAUGUAAUCGACCUGCGUGAGACGUGAGUAUAUAUACUUACCAAAGCACAAUUUUUUGCAAUUGUGUUCUUUUGUAAUAUACUGAUUGAUAGUGAUAUUGUUUCAAAUAUGAA